AUGAAUGUGGCCGGCAUAGCUCAACUGGUUAGGCUGCCGGCCACCGAACGGAGGAUCGGAGGAUCGAACCCCACAUAUGGCGAACAAAGCUUCAGCUGGAGGAAUUGUGAUGAUAUGGAUCGAAUUCGAUUGGGAAUUGGUCAUGGGAUGGACGAUCGAUUCCAAGGGGUCAGCCCCGUCAUUUCGGAGCACAGGGGCCGGCUCCAUCAAACAAGACAAUUGGUGGAACAAGUCAAUUCAGAAGGAGGAGCCAUGGAGGAGAGAGCAAAUAACGAAUAA